AUGACUGGAUGCAAGUUGACUAAAGAUGAUGCAUCCCCAUCAGUUGAUCACACUACUUAUAGAUCAAUGAUUGGAAGUCUCUUGUACUUGACAGCUAGUAGACCAGAUAUCUUACAGGCUGUGUGUAUAGUUGCAAGAUUUCAAGCUGGGCCCAAAGAAACUCAUGUAGCAGCUGUGAAGAGAAUUUUUAGGUACUUGAAAUGUACCAUUGACUAUGGCUUGUGGUACCCCAGAACCAAGGACUUCACAUUAUCAGCUUUUUUGAGAUGCAGACUGGGCAGUGAUGUGGAUGACAGGAAAAGCACCAGUGGUGGUGCAUUCUAUUUGGGUGGCAGUUUAGUAGCUUGGCGUAGCAAGAAGCAAGGUUCGGUCUCCCUUUCUACUGCAGAGGUUGAGUAUAUAGCAGCCACAUCAUGUUGUACACAGUUGUUGUGGAUGAAACAGAUGAUGAAGGAUUUGAGUGUUGAGGUUGAUAGGCCUGUGGUGAUUUAUUGUGAUAAUACAAGUGCUAUCAACAUCUCAAAGAAUCCAGUCAUGCACUCCAAGACAAAGCACAUUGCAAUCAGAUAUCACUUCUUGAGAGAGAAGGUCAUAGAAGGAGUAGUGAGAUUGGAGUUUAUCCCCACAGCAGAACAGUCAACAGAUAUUUUCACAAAACCAUUACCCAAGGAGCAGUUUAAGUUCCUCAGACAGAAGUUGGGAGUGGUUCUUAUUCCCAAGCAUUGA